AUGUGCUCUAUAUGCUCAUGAAGUCUAUUAGAACUGUUAUUUGGUGUACACUGAUCAUUAAGUUUAUUAUUAGCUUGAUAAUUUCUAAAAUAUUAUCCGCGUUUUAUUUGUAUUUGGCACCAUGUUUUUGAACUUUAUCUUUGAAGUUAUUUCAUUCGAUUUUUUGAUAUAUAGGCUAAUAGAUAUAUUCCGUCAAUCAGUUUGUUCAAACUAUAUCUAGCAUAACCGAAUAUGUAUCUUUGCUCUUGUUAGUUCGUGAUUUUUUCAUUGACACACUUAUCAUAAUUCUUGAUCGCCACAUUUGUGAUUCUCGACUUUGCGACGUUAGGAGAUUACGUUGUUUUCAGUACCUUUAUGUUUAACUCACAUUAGACUUAUAUGCGCUGUUAUUUGAUUUGCCACGAUAAAGUCGUUGAAGUCUUCUCGCUUUUAAGAAUUUUGCCUUCUCUGUUGUUUGCUCAAAAUAUCUUAUUAAUUUGUUUUGUUGAGAACCGUGAGACUUUAAUAAAAAUAUGCUAGAGUUCCAUUCAUCGGCUAUAGGGGAAAUGACACUCAAUUCGUGAAAAGUUGUAAAUGACAUCUCACAUUACACAUCGUUGAUCUUUAAUACCGAAUCAUGGACUUAAGUCCGAAGUUUACAUUCUUAUAACUUACAUCUUGGACAUAUUAACUAUUCUUAUUUGUUCCUAAUCUUUCAGUGUUCCUAUUUUUGGUUCGCUGGUUAGGUCUGAACUCGUUGUACUACUACAUUCCCAUUUGAAAGUAAAAUGCGUAUUUGGUGCUCACAGUUUAAUUUCAAGUAAUUGCAGACAUUAGAUAAGACCAAUUAAAUAAUUUAGCAAAGUAUUUUGAUUUAAGUCUUUUAAGAGUUUUACUUAUAAGACACUAGAAAAAUUUGGUGAAAAAACGCCAAAACGUUUUUCAAAUUGUUCAUAUUUUCGUUUUAUUAUAUACCGUGAUUAAGUGCAAAUGUCUUACAAUGCGUUAAGUGAUCGUAAUGUUCACAUAUAUGCUUUUUAUUUGAAGUAGGUGGGUAUUAAAAUUGUUGCAGCCGAAUGUUUGUCCGUAAGUAUUUUUUCGCGCGUUUGUAGUUCGGAAUUUAGUUAUGGAUUUGUUUUUUUGUUGUGCAGUUUCCAUAGUUGGUUCAUUCAUGUAUUUCGCGUCUGAGAUGUUUCAAUUAAUAAUACAUCUAAAACCCUGGACUAUUGAGUUGGAAUUCGUAGCUUCUUUUCAUUAAAGGGUAGAUUCAAAUUAUGUAGGCAUAAAGGGUGAUCAUUUUGUUUAGAUCUUCAUGACUUGGUGAAAUUCUUGAGUGCUUCACAGAAGACCAACCGUCAGUUACUAGUUUAGCAGUGUAACUGACGUGUCUUACUAUAGGGAUAUGCGAUCGGUUUUGGGGCAAGAGCUUGUACUCUCCAAAUUGAAGUGGGUUAAAAGCUGGGCCUUCUAAACACUAAUUAACAAACCCACUAAAACUGUAGGGCACACAGAAUUUCAGUAAGCUGCAUCGCAUAAGUGGCUGCUAUCAUUUAUAUGCAUUGAUGUACUCUCAAAAGGACUUGGAAAUUGCUACAUUGGAAUCGUUGUAGGUAAAUAUUUGGAGAUUGUAAUAAGUAGUUUCAGAUGAAGGCUAUGCGAAAGUGUUGGCAUAGUCCUACUUUUUUCGGCAUACUUCCUUUCUUGAUAGACCAAUAAAUAGUUUUCUUACAUAUAACCAUUGUUUAUUUGAGUUUUCGUAAUCUCAUUCACUCAUUAUCUUCAAGCUUUUUAGAUGUCAAUUAGUGAUGAAGAUGCUGAUAAUCCUCUACUGGAAAGAAAAUAUUCCAUAACUCGUGAAAUUUAUACUAUGGACAAAUUUCUACAACACUAUCCUAAAUCGCCAGAAGUACAAAAAUCAUUUUCGCCAUAUAAGAUUUUGAAAAAAUGCACUUGUUCGAAAUUCGCCAGCCUCCUAUCCUUUGUUUUCCCAUUUUAUUCUGUUUUGGCUCCUUUUUACAACCUACAAUCAUUUUUAUCAGAUCUGGUUGCUGGCUUAACACUUUCAAUAGUCCAUAUACCCCAAGGAAUGGCAUAUGGUGUUUUGGCCGGAGUAAAACCAAUCAAUGGAUUGUACACCUCAUUUUUUCCUGCUCUGAUUUACUUCUUUUUUGGGACUUCACGCCAUGUCUCUAUAGGUACAUUUUCUGUUGUUUCACUUUUAACGGCUGAUCCUGUUGAUAGAUUAACAUCAUUAUUCGAUGUAAACAAUCAUUCUUUAGAAAAAUAUGAUAUUUUUAAUGAAAAACAAAUAGAUGAUUUUCGUUUAACUGUUGUUAUAACAGUAUGUAUUUUGACUGGAUUAUUUCAAGUCGCUUUAGGUAUUCUUCGUCUUGGUGUACUAGUAGUUUAUAUAUCGGAACCAUUAUUAAGUGGCUUUACUUGUGCAUCUGCUGUUCAUGUGUUCACUAGUCAAUUAAAUGGAUUAUUUGGUAUACGAUUAAAUCGUGCUACAGGACCUUUCCGUGUUUUUUAUAUAAUUAAUAAUUUUAUUCAUAUUAUCAAAGAAACUAAUCUUGUUACAUUAUUAAUAUCAAUGAUAUGUAUUACAAUUAUAUGGUGUUUUAAACAUUUUAUCAAUCCAAAAGUUUCAGCUAUACUACGCUUUACAAUUCCAAUUGAAUUAAUUGUGCUUACUGCUGGUACUGUUAUAUCAAAAUUUGGUCUAUUAAAUCAACGUUAUGGGGUGUCGAUUGUCGGUGAAAUUCCUGUAGGUUUACCAUCACCCGUAUUACCGGAUAUUCGACUAGUACCAGAAGUUUUAAUGGAAUCAAUCAUUGUAUCGUUUGUUUCAUUAGCUACAACAAUUUCUUUAGUUAAAUUAUAUGCAAAGAAAGGUGGUUAUAAUGUUGGUUAUACUCAAGAACUGAAUGCACUAGGCUUGUCCAAUGUAAUAUCUGGAUUUUUUCGUUGUCAACCCUCAUCUGGUGCUUUGGCUCGGACUUCAGUUGCUAGUAACGUUGGAAUGUGUUCUCAAGUUGCUUCUUUGAUUUCUUGUUGUAUUCUUUUACUUGUUAUUACUGUGAUUGGACAAUUUUUACAAACUGUUCCAAAGUGUAUCUUAUCAUCAAUUAUUGUCGUAUCGCUUGAAAGUAUCUUCUUACAAAUUAUGGAUUUACGUGCAUUAUAUCGUGUUUCCAUAUAUGAUAUGCUUAUAUGGCUUGUAACAUUCAUGGCCACCGUGUUUAUUGAUGUCCCGAUAGGUUUAUUAACUGGUUUGUGUUUCUCCCUACUAACUGUAUUAUAUCGUACACAGUCGACAUAUUAUUAUGAACUUGGCCAAAUUCCCAACACAAAUAUUUAUGUUGAUUUAAAGAGAUAUGAUGAAGCUAUAAAACUUCCCAAUAUUCUUAUAUUAAAAUAUGGUGGUCCAUUGUAUUAUGCCAAUUCAGAAUCUUUUCAAAAUUGGAUAUAUCAAAUGACCAAUAUUAAUCCACAUAAAUUGAUUAAACAACGUCAACGUAUCAAACAACAAUUGGACCGUAAGCAACAACAACAACAACAACUUAAUGAAGAAAAUCUGAAUCAGUAUCAACAUAAUAGACAUAAUCGAUUGUCUUUUGUUAAAAAUGUAAUAAAACGAAUCAAAUUGAAUAAAAAGAAAGAUUGUGGUAAAUUUCCACAUAUUUCACAACUUACGACGGAUAUUAAUGAUAGUAAAAAUGACAAUGAUCUUACUGAUCAAUUGAAAUUUAUUAUCUUAGAUAUAUCAUCAUGGAUUUAUUUGGAUUUUGUCGGUAUGAGAACUAUUACUGAUAUAAUUAAAAGUUAUGCUGAAUUAGAUAUUCGUAUAUUAUUCACUAUAUGUGAUCCACAAAUUUAUACAGUAUUAAUAAGUGAUAAUUUAACAUCAUCACAAAUUCAACAUAAUUCAUUUAUUAGUAUACAUGAUGCUGUAAUCUAUUGUCAAAAUAUACUUUCUACUACUACUGUUACUACUACUACUACUACUACUAAUAAUAAUGAUAAUUCAAAGAAUCCAAUCGGCGACAAAACUAUAAAUUUACCCAUUCAAAAUAUCCCAGUGACUUAUUGUAAUUCAACAGUUACAGUAGAUAUUAUUACAGAUAAAUUAUGA